UUGCUGACUGAAUGCGUCUCUCCUUGUUUGGAUGAAAUCGGUGUCGUCAGCGUCACAGCCUCUGCAGGAAGUCCUGCUUAUAUCUGUAAAAUGUUCAGGAUCGUGGAGGAGGGCCUGUCUUAUCGUUUCCACGCCUCUUGGCCAUUUGUGCUGCAGAUUCUGGCCUGUUUUUACAGAGUGGCAGGAAAGAAGGCUCACGCUGUCAUGACUAAGUCCCUGCAGUCUCUGGCCGACCUGCGUGCCACGCCUCAUUUUCCCUUCACUGGAGAGUUGGACCUCGCCAUCGGAGCAGCUGUGGAGAGCAUGGGACCGGAGCUGGUGCUGGCUGCCAUUCCACUCAACAUCACUGGCAUGAAGUAAGAGCAAAGACUCUUU